AUGGCUACUUGCAAGUAUUAUGGAUUUCCUGAUCUUUUCAUAACUUUUACGUGCAACCCAAGGUGGCCUGAAAUAGAUCAUUAUCUAGAAAGGCAUCGUCUUAGUAAAGAAGAUAGACCUGAUAUAUGUAGUCGAGUUUUCAAGAUGAAACUUGAUAGAUUAAUGGACCAAGUGAGAAAGGAAAAAACUUUUGGUAUCAUAAAUUCUGCGAUGUAUACAAUAGAAUUCCAGAAGAGGGGUCUGCCUCAUGCGCACAUGAUUUUGUUUUUACACCCAGACAAUAAGAUGCGUACAUCAGACGACAUUGAUAAAUACAUAAGCGCUGAGAUUCCUGAUAAAGAGGUGGAUAAGUGUUUAUACGAAGUUGUUUCUGAUGUGAUGAUCCACGGUCCGUGUGGUCCUAUGAACAGAGAUAGUGUCUGCAUGAAUAAUGGGCAAUGCACAAAAUUCUUCCCAAAACCAUUCAUGGAUAAUACUUUUGUCGACGAUGCUGGUUAUCCAAUAUAUAGACGACAAAACGAUGGGAGAAUCGUGGAGAAAAGAGGUCUUCAAUACAAUAAUAGUUACGUUAUUCCCUAUAAUCGUGAUUUAUCACUCCGUUUUCGUGCUCAUAUAAAUGUUGAGUGGUGCAACCAGACACGUUCAGUAAAGUAUUCGUUCAAGUACAUCACUAAAGGUCCGGACUAUGUUAGAGCCGAAGUAGGAGAAGAAGAUCAGGAAAAUGAAAUUAAAAAGUUUUUCAAUUGCAGGUAUGUAUCUGCAUGUGAGGUUUCUUGGCGAAUUUUUGCUUUCCGGAUUUGUUAUCAUACUACAGCCGUAGAAAAACUCCUGUUUCAUCUUCCAGGACAAGAAUUGGCUAUUUACAACCAGGAUGAUCCAAUAGAAGAUGUUUUGCACCGUACAACAAAUAGAACUUCCAAAUUUUUGGGCUGGAUGGAAUGCAACAAGAUUUAUCCCCAGGCCAAAAAACUUACGUAUGCUGAAUUUCCAUCUAAAUUUGUGUGGAAUAAGAGAGAAAAACUUUUGAAGCCUAGGUCAGAGAAAUGGAAAAUUUUUGCAAUAGGCAGAAUUACGUAUGUACCGCCUUAUGUAGGACAAGCCUAUUACUUGCGAGUUCUGCUUAAUAAAAUUUCAGGACCAACAAGCUUUGACUAUUUAAAAACAGUCAAUGGUGUACUUUAUAAUGAUUUCCAAGAAGCUUGCUAUGCAUUGGGAUUAUUGGAUGAUGAUAAGGAGUACAUUGCAGCUAUAAACGAAGCAGGUCUAAUGUUGUCACGGACUCAGAUAGAAAAUAUAUGUUUAACUGAAAUAGAACUUAUGUUACGAUCGAAUGGGACGUCUCUUACGGCCUUCGAGAGAAUGCCUAGACCAGAUGAUAGUAUAAUGAACACAGGAGUAAAUAGGCUUAUCGCAGAUGAGAGAAUAACUAAGCCUCAUAAACAACUGGAAUUGUACGAUGAGUUGUUUCCUAUGCUAACUGAUGAGCAGAGACGUGUUUAUGAAGAAAUUAUUCACUCUGUGAAUCACAACAAAGGUGAUGCCGAAUCUGAUCUUGCUGAUUUAAUUAGAGAAGCAAAGCUCAUAAUAUGGGACAAGGGUCCAAUGAUGAACAAGCUUUGUUACGAAAAUUUAGAUAGGAGUUUGCGAGAUAUCAUGAAGUGUGACCAGAUUUUUGGAGGUAAAGUUGUUGUGUUAGGAGGUGAUUUUAGACAGAUUUUACCAGUUAUUACGGAAGGAGGAAGGGUAGCGACAGUUUUAGCAUCUAUCAACUCAUCUGUUCUUUGGAAUAGUUGUAAAGUUCUUAAACUUACCGAAAAUUUGAGACUUCGCAAAGCAUGUAAUAGUAUGGAUGCGGGUGCUCUUGCUACUUUUUCUAAGUGGCUUCUUGAUAUUGGGGAUGGCAAAAUUAACGAGUCAGAUAGUGGGGAUGUGGAGAUAGAAAUUCCGGAUGAUUUAUUAAUUAAUACAAGUGGAAAUCCUAUUGAAGCAAUAGUUAAAGAGAUCUACGGAGAACAAUUUACAAGGAGGACUGACCCAAAAUUCUUUAGUGAAAGAGCUAUUCUAAGUCCAAGAAAUGACGAUGUUGAUAAGAUAAAUCAGUUUAUGCUUACUAAGCUUCCAGAUGUUUGCGGAUGUGUAGUAGCUGUUACGGACAACAGAGAACAUGCUGGUGAAGUUGUUUUCACAUUAUUAAAUGGCAGGAAUGAAUCUAUCAAGUGUCGUGCAGUAAACAACUAUGCUACCCUUUUCAUGUAUUCAUGGGAGUCGUCAGGAUGCCAUCUCACAUAUCGUAACGAACCGGUAUUUUGUGUUCUGCGUUUCUGGAGGGUUGGAGAAUACGAAGGUAAACCGUGUAUUGAAAACACAUUGGCCUCCUCCAAGAUCUUUAUAAAACCGGAUUUUGAAAGACUUAAGCAUCACAAGGCUAUCUCAGAAUUUGUUGGACGCUAUUACAUAAAUCGUAUAAUGGAGCAUGAAGAAUAA